AUGUCACAUUCAGGUUCGUCAACAGCGCGUUCAUCUGGACGUCGCUCGGUGUCUUCGCUAUCCACUGCGUCUCGAUUCGAUGCGUUGUCGUUGGGUGUUAGUGGAGCUGAUAAUCGCCAACCUGUUGUCAUCGAAAUUGGCACUAAAUUAACCAAGUGA